AGCCUUUGGCUUCUACCAUUCUCUCUCUCUCUCUCUCUCUCUCUCUCUCUCUCAUUCGAUCAAAAGCAAAAGCAAUUGCCCUUGUGGGAAGGAAGCAGUAGAAGGGCGGCGCUGCGAUGUGUGGCGGAGCGAUCAUCUCCGGUUUCAUCCCCACGGCACGGUCGCGGCGGCUCGCCGGCGAGCACCGGUGGCCGGAGUCGAAGGGGGGGAGGAGGAAGAAGAAGAAUUUGCCGGCGAACCCCUACGCGGCGGCGGAGGGAGAAUUCGGCGCCGAGGACGACUUCGAGGCCGACUUCCGCCAGUUCCGGGACGAGUCCGGGGAGUCGGAUGUGGACGAUGUUGAUGUCCCCGAGCUCGCUGAUGUGAAGCCCUUCGCGUUUGAAUCCCACGGCCCCUUUUUCGAAGAUGGAUUUACUACUCUGAAGCCGGUCGAGUAUGAUGGCCCGGCUGCCCGCUCUACUAAAAGGAAGAGGAAGAACCAAUAUCGCGGGAUCCGUCAGCGCCCCUGGGGCAAAUGGGCGGCUGAAAUCAGAGAUCCCCGCAAGGGCGUCCGCGUUUGGCUUGGGACUUUCAACACUGCCGAAGAAGCGGCGCGGGCCUACGAUGCGGAAGCCCGCAGGAUCCGCGGCAAGAAAGCCAAGGUGAACUUCCCUGACGAGGCGCCCCCAAGUUCUCAGAAGCGCCUCCCGAAACCUGCUUCUGCAAAAGCUCCCAAAGUAAGCCCGCCACAGGAAAAGCUCAACUUUGGUCAGCCAUUUAAUUAUCUUGAUAACGGAGAGGACUUCUUCUCGGCUUUGGACUUCGUUGAAGAGGAAGAGCCCAUUAAGAAGAUGAACUUCCAAUCUGAUCAGGGAAGCAACUCUUUUGGGUGCUCGGAUUUCAAUUGGGAGAACGAUGUUAAGACUCCGGAAAUCACUUCGGGUCUUGUGCCGACUGUUCCCACCAUCAAUGAAGUUGAUGAAUCUGUUUUCGUUGAAGAUGAGAAUCCGGCGAAAAAGAUGAAGAGUAAUCCUGUGGAGGAGAAAACUGUAGCUGUCGAAGACCAGUCAGAAGAGUUUUCAGAUUUCGAAUCCUACGUGAAGUUCCUGCAGGAGCCGUAUCUCGAGGGCGGGUCGGAUGUGUCGAUCGAGAGCCUUUUGAACAGCGACGUCACUCAGGAUAUGGUGAGCAGUGUGGGCCUUUGGAGCUUCGACGACAUGCCCAUGGCCGGCAGUGUUUAUUAAAAUCGUAAUAUAUAAUAACCGAAUAAACUACUAGUGAUGGUGCAAGAUAAAGGAGAUGCGACUUUGAUUGUGAAUCAAAUGGAACUCUUAGGCUAUCUAUUAAUAUCUUUAGGUACUUUGUUGUCUAGUUUAUUUCAUCUUGCUUGUGAAAUAUAUCUGCUUGGAUUGUGGACUUGCUUUUGUUGGCGUUGCGGUGAAGUUUAUCUGAAACUGAUGAUGAACUGCUGCUGGUGUUGUUGUAUGUGUUUGAUUGUUACUUUGCAAGACGUUUAUGAACACUCUUUAUGCUGUUCUAUUUUCUUGAUACUCCACCGACUUUAGUAUGAGUCUUCAAUGUACUGGAUCUUAUGAGAAAGCUAAAAUCCUAGAAUGUAAGUGAGCACUCUGGAAUGAUUUACUUGAAAAAUAGAAGCAGAUUAUGAUUGUUCUGGAUCAA